CAACAUGAAACAAUCGGGACAAGAGGCUCAGCAUGACCUCAUUAAAAAUGCUCUGUUUUCCUUUUCCACUUUUCUUCUUUCAUUUUCUUUCUGACGUAUUUUCUUGUAAAAGCUGUUAACUGUUGUGAUGGAGAUUUCUUUAUUUUAUGUGUUGAUCAUAUGUUUUGACAAUAUCACUUUAGUAAUAUCUAUAGUACAUUUUGUGUGGCUUUGUUCUACAUACAGGAAAACAUCAAAUAUGUAUUUCACAGGUUAUUCCACACACACAGAUGGGUAUUGUGAGUGAGUUGGACUGACACUCCCAGGCACCAUGAGACAUUAGGCAGAUAGUGAGACUCCUUCUCCUUAUCUCCAGGGAGGAGGUGUUGAGAUGAAAAUAUUUGAAGUGCCUCAAUUCUAUGCUUUAUAUUAACUAAAAUGCCAUAUAACCAUAUAGUGUAGUAUUAAGUGGACAUGGCCCUGAAAAAUGAAGGCAUUAGACUACGUGUCCUUGGGGGGUAGAAUGCUGUAGACUCUCGCCCACGCUUACCUGUGAAAAAGUAGAAAACAGGGGACCAUCUUCUAGUGGAGAUGAAUUAUAAAAAAAAGGUGUUGAUUGCAGCUGACAGUGUCUGCAGACUUUGAUAACUGUGUGACACCCUCGUGGUUAAUCAGAGGGAAAUCUGAGUCGGUGUGGAUUUGGUUGUACAGCUCUCACACAUACAACCUGAACUACACAUUCUAAGUGUGAUGUUCUUCAAAUUUGAACAAAGUUAAAACUAAAAACCUUUGAAGUCACACAAGCCAAUAUUUUAUUCACAAGUUGAACUUUUACUACUUUUAUCCCCAAAAUGAGCUCACUUCAAAUAUUUACCACAGCAUAGCGUCCCCAGGCACCUGAGACGUUUGGCAGAUGGUGAAACUGUUUUUCUUUGUGAGGAGAAAGAAGUGAAAGCAGGCCGAAACCUCAGCACAUGGAUGAUAUCAACCAAAAACAUCCAGCGCCAGCAAGUAAAGAUGAGCCAGCGGCGAUCCCUGUGGAAAAGACUUUUCCUGCUAUGAAGCAGCCCAGAAGACGCAAGCGCGCCAACAGGGAGGACAGAAGCUUGAGCUGUGAUCAGUGUGGGAAGACCUUUACUCAGAUUGGUAGCUUACAAUCACAUCAGCUGAUCCACACCGGUGUGAAACCAUUCAGCUGUGAUCAGUGUGGAAAGUCCUUUACUCUGAAAGAUCAUUUAAAGGUACAUCAGCUGAUCCACAGCGGUGUGAAACCAUUCACAUGUGGUGAGUGCGGAAAGUCUUUUAUUCAGAGUUACCGCUUAAAAGCACAUCAGCUCGUCCACAGUGAAGUUAAACCAUUCAGCUGUGAUCAGUGUGGAAAGACCUUUACUCAGAGAUCCAGCUUAAAAAAUCAUCAGCUGAUCCACACCGGUGUGAAACCAUUCAACUGUGAUCAGUGUGGGAAGUCUUUUACUCAGAUUUGGAACUUGAAAUCACAUCAGCUGUUCCACACCGGUGUGAAACCAUUCAGCUGUGAUCAAUGUGGAAAGACCUUUACUCAGAGAUGCAGCUUAAAAAAACAUCAGCUAAUCCACAGCGGUGUGAAACCAUUCAGCUGUGAUCUGUGUGGGAUGUCUUUUACUCAGAAAGCUCACUUAAAAUCACAUCAGCUGAUCCACACCGGUGUGAAACCAUUCAGGUGUGAUCAAUGUGGAAAGACCUUUACUCAGAGAUGGAACUUAAAUCAACAUCAAGUCGUCCACACGAAAUUUAAAGCUUUCAACUGUGAUCUGUGUGGGAUGUCUUUUACUCAGAAAGCUCACUUAAAAUCACAUCAGGUGAUCCACACCGGUGUGAAACCAUUCAGCUGUGAUCAGUGUGAAAAGUCCUUUACUCUGAAAGAUCAUUUAAAGGUACAUCAGCUGAUCCACAGCGGUGUGAAACCAUUCACCUGUGGUGAGUGCGGAAAGUCUUUUUUUCAGAGUUACCGCUUAAAAGCACAUCAGCUCGUCCACAGUGAAGUUAAACCAUUCAGCUGUGAUCAGUGUGGAAAGACCUUUACUCAGAAAGGUGACUUAAAGAGACAUCAUAUGAUCCAUGUUGGAGGUAAAUCAUUUGUCUGUGAUCAGUGUGGAAAGUCUUUUCAGGAUAGAGAUCACUUAGAGAAACAUCAGGGGGUCCACAGUGAAGUUAAACCUUUCAGCUCUUAUCAGUGUGGAAAUUCUUUUACUGCAAUUGAUAGGUUAAAAAUGCAUCAACUCAUCCAAUCUGGAGUUAAAUCAUUUGUAUGUGGUGACUGUGGAAAGGCUUUUACUCACAUGACUAGCUUAAAAUCACAUCAGCUCAUCCACUCUGGUGCUAAAUCAUUUGUGUGUGGUCAGUGUGGAAAGUCUUUCUUCCAUAACAAAAAUCUAUUGAGGCAUCAAAAGACCCACAAAGUGUCCUCCUGUGAGAAAAGGGGCAGACCAAUGGGACAUUACCCUGACAGGGUUCAUUUGAACUCAGUGGGAGAAACAGGGGAUCUGAACAAAAGUUCUUCUGGAUGCUGCGUCAAACUUAAAAAGCUUGAGAUCAGGCUUCACAGAAUUCAGCUUUAAUUUCCUGAGAAAGUCAGAGCUUCACUAUGUCUUUGUAGAUCUAGUGAAAACAUGAAAGGGUGCAAAAAGAGGCACUGUGGUACUGCAUGAUGAA